GACAGUGACGAUGAUGAUGAAGUCACCGUCAGCGUGGACCGGGACCGCUUCAUGGACGAGUUCUUUGAGCAGGUGGAAGAAAUUCGAGGGUUCAUUGAUAAAAUUUCGGAGAACGUGGAGGAAGUGAAGAGGAAGCACAGUGCCAUUCUUGCCUCGCCCAACCCCGAUGAGAAAACGAAGGAGGAGCUGGAAGAGCUGAUGUCCGACAUAAAGAAGACGGCGAACAAAGUGCGCUCCAAGCUAAAGAGUAUUGAGCAGAGUAUUGAACAAGAGGAAGGACUGAACAGGUCAUCUGCUGACCUGCGGAUAAGGAAAACUCAGCACUCGACGCUGUCGCGCAAGUUCGUGGAGGUGAUGUCCGAGUACAACGCCACGCAGACCGACUACCGGGAGCGCUGCAAGGGCAGGAUUCAGAGGCAGCUGGAGAUCACUGGCAGGACCACCACCAGUGAGGAGCUGGAGGAUAUGCUGGAGAGCGGCAACCCAGCCAUCUUCUCCUCGGGGAUCAUUAUGGAUUCAAAUAUCACCAAGCAGGCACUGAAUGAGAUUGAGACACGGCACAGCGAGAUUAUAAAACUGGAGAACAGCAUCCGAGAGCUGCAUGACAUGUUCAUGGACAUGGCCAUGCUGGUGGAGAGCCAGGGCGAGAUGAUCGACCGCAUUGAGUACAACGUGGAGCACUCAGUGGACUAUGUGGAGCGGGCUGUGUCCGACACCAAAAAAGCGGUGAAGUACCAGAGCAAAGCCAGACGGAAGAAGAUCAUGAUCAUAAUCUGCUGUGUGAUCCUGGGUAUCGUCAUUGCCUCUACCUUCGGCGGCAUCUUCGGCUAGACUCACCCCGCGGGACUGUUUGUGUGCGAUGGACGGAGCCGCGCGUGCCGUGGGGCCGCAGCCGCGCCGGAGCGAACCACGCAGCCCCGGAGCCUCCCA